AUGCCUCCUCCAUCCAAAGUCCCACGAACGUCUGCGAAACAUCAUUUGGGCGGUUCUCCCAUCAGCCAUCCUCCAUCAUCCACAUCCGGCUGGGCUGACAUUGAUUCUCCCAGAAUCCGAAAGACCUCAAAGGCGGGAUUUAGGCCUAUUGGGGAGCCCAGUUCGGCAGUGAAAUUAUUUUUCCCACGCGACGAAGAGGACGAUGAAGCUGGUCCCACCCCUCAGCAUAAAUCUCCCGCCUCCCCUAAGGUUCAUUCAGAAGUUCCCGCAAAGCGUACCCGCGAUGAAGGUGCAACCGAUAGAGAUGAAGGCUUGCGUGGAAAUAUCCUCUCGCGGCCCUUGCCGUUCCAACGCGAAUCCGUCACCAAAACAUCUCUGGCUCCCCAGCCUCUGCAGGUCCUGCCUUCAGCUAUCCGCGACUCUCUGAAAGCUUCCCUUGUACCGAAGCCGGCAGGCAGUGGUGAUGUUUCCAUCAGUCCUGCCCAGCAGUCGCAUACACUAGAGCCAGAGGCGGAAGGUACGCCACGACCAUCCUCUCCAUCGGCGACUACUUGCAAGGACCUGUAUGCCAUUGUCGCCCAAGUUGGCGAAGGUACAUUCGGCAAGGUCUACAAGGCUCGCAAUGUUAUUACCAAUGUCCAUGUGGCGCUCAAGCGAAUUCGCAUGGAAGCAGAAAAGGAUGGCUUCCCAGUGACUGCCAUGCGGGAGAUCAAGCUACUGCAGUCCUUGCGACAUCAGAACGUCGUCCGCCUUUACGAGAUGAUGGUAUCAAAUGGAUCUGUGUACAUGGUGUUCGAGUACAUGGACCAUGACCUCACAGGAGUUUUGUCUCAGACACAGUUCUCGUUUUCGGAGGCCAAUCUGAAGUCCUUGUGUAGCCAAAUGCUUGCUGGGCUGGCAUAUCUGCACCGCAAAGGCGUCAUCCACCGCGACAUCAAGGGUUCCAACAUUCUUAUCAAUAACCGAGGGGAGCUGAAACUUGCCGACUUUGGUCUAGCGCGCUUUUAUCAGAAACGCCGGCGAAGUGAUUAUACCAAUCGUGUCAUCACUUUAUGGUAUCGACCGCCAGAGUUGCUGUUCGGUGCUACUGUAUAUGGGCCGGAGGUGGAUAUGUGGAGUGCAGGCUGCAUCAUGCUGGAGCUUUUCACCAAGAAACCAGUGUUCCAGGGCAAUGAUGAAAUCCAUCAAUUGGAUGUGAUCUACCGUAUUCUUGGAACUCCUUCUACUGAGCGAUGGCAAGGGCUCACCGCACUGCCAUGGUAUGAGCUGGUGAAGCCAAAGGAUGUGAUUCAUGGCCAUUUCCGUGAACUAUUCUCUCGAUGGUUGUCACCCGCAGCCCUCGACCUGGCUGAGCGGCUUCUUGCUUACGAUCCGACGCAGAGAGUCACUGCCCUUGAGGCUCUUGAAGCUCCCUACUUCAAGGAAGAGCAACCUCCGCCUGAGUUGCCUGUUGACCUGUCCACUCUAGAAGGUGAAUGGCAUGAACUGGAGACCAAACGGGAGCGAGCCAAGAAGCGUCGUAAACUGGAAAACGGGCUCGUAUAA